AUGGUUGGACGGGGGAAUGAGGUGGUCGAUCGACUGGUGAUUGACACUUCAACCCCCCUUGGAAUUAGCUCUAAAACGUGGUGUCCCUGGCCCUCAUUUAACACUGUCAGCUGUAACGGCCCCUUGGACAACUUCCCCCUCAUCAAAGCUGCAGUUUCAGUUUGUAUCCCUCACACAAAGCCUUCCGUCGACUUCAACUUGCAGGCACUCAACCAGUCAACACCAACCGAACCGAACAAAAGCAACAACUCCUUCUUCUCCUUCGUCUUCUUCUCUUUCCUCAUGGCACUCAAACGAAUCAACAAGGAACUUCAUGAUCUUGGCCGUGACCCUCCCUCGUCUUGCUCUGCAGGACCGAAGGGCGACAACAUGUUCCAGUGGCAGGCAACUAUCAUGGGUCCCGGUGAUAGUCCAUACGCGGGUGGUGUAUUCUUCUUGAUGAUCACUUUUCCUACCGAUUACCCUUUCAAACCCCCCAAAGUCUGCUUCAAGACAAAGAUCUACCACCCCAACAUCAACAGCAACGGAUCGAUCUGUCUCGAUAUUCUUCGGGAGCAAUGGUCACCAGCCUUAACGAUUUCCAAAGUUCUGCUUUCGAUUUGUUCGAUGCUCACAGACCCCAAUCCGGACGAUCCACUCGUACCGGAGAUAGCCAAUCUUUAUAAAACCGAUCGAGCAAAGUACGAAGCGACCGCUCGAGAACACACCCGCAAAUACGCCAUGUAA